AUGUCGUCUUACGGCACGGGCAGGGUCAACGUCUCCCAGUACCUGCGCAACCUCAAUGUGCAGGGACCCUCGGUGGAGGAGCCGUUGACCGACGAAGACCUCGAGAAGGAUCUCGCCCUCUUCACCAACACACAGUUCUUCGACUUUGAGACGGGCCAGCACACCGACUAUCAAGCGCCUCCCGUCAAGCCGGAUGCGAUAACAUCACCCACCGAAGAUGCGACGUCGACGGAUUCCAUCAUGGGCGAUUUCCCAGCGGGCUACGAGUUUCCAAUCCCAGGCGAUUUCAGUUUCGGGGACUACAGCAGCAACUUCACCUCGCCCACGGGCCCGGCCUUCCCCGACGCGCUAGGGAACCUGCAGCCGAUCCAGCCCAGCCCACAGGCGGCGUAUUCCGCGCAGGUCCCGCACCAGCAGCACCACCAACCAACAGGGUACGUACCAGGAGACGGGGCCGUCGCGGGGGGAGCCGGCCCGGGUAGUGUUGUGGUCAAGGAACGCGAGGCUGAGUCGACGAUUAGCGGACAUGGCCACGCGCCGAACGGCCGGGUGCUGAGCUUCGAGGACGCGUCGCGGCUGGCGGCCGAGGAGGACAAGCGCAAGCGCAAUACGGCGGCGAGUGCGCGGUUCCGCAUCAAGAAGAAGCAGCGCGAGCAGGCCCUCGAGAAGAGCGCCAAGGAGAUGACGGACAAGGUCACCAGUCUCGAGGGCCGCAUCUCGGCCCUCGAGACGGAGAACAAGUGGCUCAAGAGCCUCGUCACCGAGAAGCACGGCGGCCGCGACGACAUACUCGACAAGCUGCUUAAGGAGGUCGCGUCGUCGUCGUCCUUGUCGUCGUCGCAGGACGAUGGGAAGGACAGCAUCAAGGUGGCUGGCGACAAGUCCAAGAAGAAAGAUUGA